AUGGCCAAGUCGAAAAAUGCCAGCCAACAUAACCAGAGCAAGAAAGCUCACAGGAACGGGAUCAAGAAGCCAAAAACCCACCGCUACCCUUCCCUCAACGGCACCGAUCCCAAGUUUCGACGAAACCAUAGGCAUGCACUACACGGGACUAUGAGGGCUCUGAAAGAGGUCAAGGAGGGAAAAAGAGAAGCCGCAUGA